AUGAUUCUGCUAUUUUUGAUAUUUAUCCUAACUCCAACAAUUUAUGGAGCAUUGGACACGGCGGCAGUUAUAGCCAUUCAAACUGAAAUUAAUAAACAUAGCGCGGAUAUUGAGAUGAUUUUGGAUGUGAGUUUUUUUUGUUGGCUGAAAAUUUCAGAUUUUUUUUUGGAGAAGCCCAUGAUUUUUGUGUGUUGAAACAUAACAGCUGUCAAGUGUUCGAAAAAAAAAGUGUAAAAAAUUGGACAUUUUUUUUUGUUUGAAACAUUUAUAAAUAAAUUUAGAGAUGAGGGAGUUUGAAAGAAAAAAUGGAGAAAAUUUGGAAAAAAAUAUAUUUCAAAAAUAUUUUUGAAAAAUUGUUUGAAAAAAUAUUUCAGAAAUACUUUUGAAAAAUUGUUCGAAAAAUUCAAGGAAUACUUUUGGGUUAAGAAUUUUUAAAAAAUUUUCCGGAAUCUGAGAGCCUUUUAGUCUCUUAAAAUAGGCUUCUUAACAUUUCUAGGCUUCUUGGGCCUAUAAGGCUUUCUUAAGGCUUCUUAGGCUUUCUUAAGGCUUCUUGGGAUCUGUAGGCUUCUUGGGACUUACUGGGCUUUUUAGGCUUAUUAGGCUUAUGAGGCUUCGUUUUCUUUAUUCUUUCUAACAUGAGAAUAAAUUUUUUUGAUUUUCAGAAACUUAUUGAUUUUUGAUCUGAAAAUUUAUUAUGCUAUUAUUUUUCUAUUCUGAAGGUGCCCUCUCAAGCCUUUUGAAGCCCUCUAAAGCCUUUAAAGGCCUCCUAAAGCCCAGUAAAGCCCUCUGAAGCCCUCUGAAGCCCUCUAAAGCCUUCCGAAGCCUUCUAAAGUCCUCUGAAGCCCUCUGAAGCCUUCUGAAGCCCUUUGAAGCUUUCUAAGGUCCUUUAAAGCCUUCUAAGGCCCUCUAAAGCCCUCCGAAGACCCCCCAAAGCCUAACCUCAUUUUUCCAGCACGUCAAAAACCUCAACGCUCGAGUCAGUGAACUAGGUCGCCCCGGACCACCGGGAACAAAUGGCUCCCCGGGUUUCCCCGGAGCCAAAGGUGAAAAAGGAGCAACCGGGCUCGAAGCAAUGAACGGGCGAGAUGGAAUGCAAGGAAUCCCAGGAGUCAAAGGAGAUAUGGGACCAAUUGGUCCGACUGGAAUGAAAGGCGAUAAAGGUUCCACAGGAUUUCCCGGGCAGAAAGGAGAUGUUGGUGGAAAUGGAACGCCCGGUUUGAAGGGUGAUACUGGAAUCCCGGGAAAAGUCGGAGAGCCCGGAUCGAAUGGACCACCUGGUUCGAAGGGCGAGAAGGGAAUGGAGGGGCUUCCGGGAGUUAAUGGAAGUCCGGGAGCUCCAGGAUGGCCGGGUGGCAAGGGAGAGGAUGGACUUCCAGGGAGACCAGGUGAGGAUAGAGAGGCUAGAGAGGCUAGAGAGGCUAGAGAGGCUAGAGAGGCUAGAGAGGCUAGAGAGGCUAGAGAGGCUAGAGAGGCUAGAGAGGUUAGAGAGGCUAGAGAGGUUAGAGAGCCUAGAGAGCCUAGAGAGUCUAGAGAGUCUAGAGAGCAUAGAGAGGCUAGAGAAGCUAGAGAGCCUAGAGAGCCUAGAGAGCCUAGAGGCUACAGUAAUCUAGUGCUACAGUAAUCUUUCUAAGAUUUUUUGAUUCACAAUUUCAACUUUUUUUUUUUCUGGAUUUUCAGAAUCGCUUUUUAGCUACAGUAAUAUUCUUAAAAAUCUGUGUAUCAACUAUUACAGUACCCAGCAAAAAUUGUGCCAAAAGGUUUCGAAAAUGUGUAGAUCAAUUCUCUGGGUACAGUAAUCCUCUACAGUAUCCAUUCUACAAUAAUCAACUAAUUAACUUAAAAUUUGAUUCAAGUCUUAAAUUUGUAGCUAAUCAGUGUUGAAAAAAAUCUGUAGAUCAAUAUUUUCCAAGUACAGUAACCCAUGGAAAAUUGUGCCAAAAAAUUCCGAAAAUGUGUGGGUCAAAAUUAUCUAGGUUUAGAAAUCAUCUACAGUACCCAUUCUACAGUAGUUAACUAAUUAACUUAAAAUUUAAUUUAUGUAAGUCUUAAAUUUGUAGCAAAUCAGUUUUGAAAAAAAUCUGUAGAUCAAUAUUUUCCAAGUACAGUAACCCAGAAAAAAUUGUGUCAAAAAGUUCCGAAAUUCUGUAGAUCAAUAUUUUCUGAAUCCUCUACAGUACCCAUUCUACAGUAGUUAACUUUGAAAAAUCUGUAGAUCAAUAUUUUCAGUCGGAAAAAAAGCCCAGAAAUCCUUCAAAUUUCCAGGCUCUCCCGGAUUCCCUGGCAAAAAAGGUGAAAGUGGAAACGGCGGAGUUCCCGGAGUCCCCGGAAUGAUUGGAGAACGUGGACUUCCUGGCUCACCAGGAAUGCAAGGAAUGAUCGGCCCAAUCGGACCACCAGGCCAAAUCGGACUUCCCGGACCAAAAGGAGACAACGGACCAGCCGGACUUCCCGGAAGUAAAGGAGAACAGGGAAAAGAUGGGAUUCCUGGGUUACCAGGGUGGAUUGUUAAUGAUAAGGGUUACUGUAUUUUGGCGUUGGGAAAUUGUCCACCAGCUUUUACACAAAUUGGAGCUUAUCAGGUUGGUAGAUCAAAUUUUUUUUUGAAAAACUUAUUUUGAAUUUUGAAUUUUUAAAGGCACACGUUGAUAAAUACCGUUUCGGAGACUAUAUUCUGACAAAAAGUGCUGGAAUUGGAGGCGAUGAAAGUCAAUUCGCUUUAAAGGUUCAUGCUUGUUGUCGAUGA